CUUUUUUUUUUUUUUAAUUAGGUGUGAAAAAAUAAUGCAGCUUUUUACAUUUUAAAUCUAAAACAGAUGUUAUUUGUCUGACUGAUAUGGUUAGUUGAAUUCUCUGAAUCAGAACAAGUUGAAUAAAAGACCAGCUCUGCAUUUUGUUGCGCCGUUCAUGAUUUACAGAGUGCUGGAGUUAUAACAACAGCAAAAAAACAAAAGAAAAACAAAAACAAAACAUGUACAACAAUAAUUAAUGAUAAAGAUUCAGUAAAUUAUCAAUAACCAUAAAGCCAUCAAGAGUAAACAUUUGCUGAAAAGCGUGUAAACAUUAAAUUAUUUCUCAGGAGUUUUAAAUGUAUGUUAGUAACUUUGGGAAAGAAUAACUAUAAUCGUAUAAUCUAUUAUGAUAAUCUAUUAUAAUAUAACUAUAAUAGUGAGCCGAUCAUGUCACGUGUUUGCUGGUGACGUCACUUUCUUCGAUGUCAUCGAGGUGCGCAUGGCAAAUUGAUACGGAAGUGUUACAUUAUUUUUUGUUUGAAAAAAAGUAAUAUUUUACCUUUAUAUCAGACAUAUUUAUAAGUUAUAUAAUUUAAUAUAUCAUAUGAAUAAUAAAUGGGCAUCAUGAUCUUCAGCUGUUGCUUCAUCUGUGUUUUUGCAUCGCUGGUGAAUAAAGUAUCUCUUCAGGUCACAGUAGAGGCUGUUUUUGGUGGUUCUGUUGUCCUGCCGUUUUCUUCAGCUCAACAUGAUCAUAAACCUCGAGACAUUGAUGUGUAUUGGAGACACAAUGGCAGCAAGAUUGUGUUUGAUAUAAUCAAGGGUAAAGCUUCAGUAGAUCAACAGGACCCACGGUACAAGAACAGAGUUGAAACUUUCCCUGAAGAGUAUCUGAGAGGAAACUUCUCACUUAAACUCAUCAAUCUUCAACACACUGAUGCAGGAAAAUACACCUGUCUCAUCUCACACUCAUCUAAACAUGAGACUGUGGAGCUGAUCAUCAAAGAAUCAACUGAAAAAGGAAACAAAACCAAUGAUCAAGAAAAACCAAACCAAGCAGAAACGGUACGAAAUGUAGUUAUCAUUGUAGUAUCUGUAUUAGUAUUAUUAGUAGUACUAAUAGUUAUUAUUAUAUUUUACUUGAGAAAAAAAAGAGCUCAAGCUCCCUUAUUCUCAUCAGACAGGAUUGAAGAACAAACAACAGUGACAUAAACAGGUCUAAAAGUUUCACUUUACACUUUCUCUGACAGAAAAGUUACAUUUAUUCGAAUCGUUACAUCUUUCAUUGGUUUCUUCUGGUGUAUGAACCAGCUGCUGUACAAGACAGUGUUUUGAUCUUUUAUUUUAUUGCCACAUGCACUGGUUUGUUUUUAUUGUAUAACAGAAUAAUAUCUUGAAAAACUGAGAUCUUGAAACUCUUUUUAUAGUUUAGUGACUGAAUCGAUCAGUAUGUUGCUGCCUUAACAUUUCUGUACAACAAGUGCUCUUUCUGGUUGUGUUUGCCAGAAUGUAUUUUGUAUUCUUUCUGUAUUAUAUUAUAUUUGUUAAAUUGUUGCUGCACAUCAUGUAAAGUGCAGAAGAUAAAACAGAUAAACACGUUGCUCAGGUUUGAGAUGUUGACUGAUGUCAGAAGAGCUCAAUAUGAUGUAUUUAUUCACAACCUUGAAUGAAUUUGCUUCAUAUGCACGAUUCCAGUUUGAUGAGGUUCUGGCUACAAGUUAUAAUAUGCCUUUUCAUGUAAAUGCAUGAGAUUCAUGAGAGUGUGAAAAUACACUUUUGCCUUUAGAUCUCUACUGCGUUAUUCUCAGGUGCUUUCAAAGCUGAAGAAACUUGUAUUCAUUGUAUGUGGAUGAUCUCUGUGUUCAAGACUCAAUAAAUUGUG